UCGGGACAUUCACUUCAGAGUCCACCUUGGUUUUCACUCGCCUCGACGCAGCCGCAAAAAGAAUAAGAAAAAAAUGGCCUUCGCUGGUGUCCUGAAUGAUGCUGAUAUGAAAGCAGCUCUGGCUGGUUGUGCAGCCGCCGACUCUUUCAACUAUAAGAGCUUCUUCAAGGCAUGCGGCCUGGCCGGCAAGUCCUCAGAUGACGUGAAGAAGGCCUUCCAGAUCAUUGAUCAGGACAACAGUGGCUUCAUUGAGGAGGAGGAGCUCAAGCUGUUCCUACAGAACUUCUCCGCAUCUGCGAGGGCACUCACCGAUAAGGAGACCAAGGCCUUCCUCGCCGCCGGUGACAGCGAUGGCGACGGCAAGAUCGGAAUUGAGGAGUUCGCGGUCCUUGUUAAGGCAUGAGUUCCCCGCUGACCGAGAUCCUCUCGAUUCCACGGAAUUGCGGCAAAAACAACAAGAAAAAAACAACCUUUGCAGGAUUCAGAGCAAUCAUCAGCUGAAAGAAUAUUUUUUAUACCUUAUUUAUGAGUUGCCUGCGGACUAUUUCUCAACAUUAAGCACAUCUUUUCAACCUGUUGCUAUUCUCACAUGUGUUUGAUGUUCUGAAUCUUGUGCAAGUUGUACACCCAUCUGCACUUGUUUUUGUUUUUUUUUUAAAUUGAGGCAGAGUGAAAAACCAGGAAUAAAAUACUCUUUUGGUGUAAAAGUCAAA